GUGAUAGAUUGGGUCAGUGCCGGACGGAACACGGUCGCGAGGCACGUGCGCAGUGCACACAGACGGGAACGGAAGACGGCAGCGCACACCUGCAUAGGGAGCACUUAGCUAUGAAGUCGGUUCUGCAGAUCCUGGUAGCGGCACUGGCCGUGUCUCUGGCGACCUCCGGAUCCUACUACGGCAGACGGAGCUCGGGUCGGAGUCAAUCAGCCAUCACCUUUACCGACAGUCGACGUACACCCAGCCCACCGGUCGGCAGCAGCGUGCAGUUCGGUGAGACGCACGCCACCAGUGUUCAGAACUCCACCGGUGACGGUCAGCAGACCAACCGGGGAGAGGCGGGCGCCGUCUCCGUACAGAAACAGACCGGUCUCGGCGGAGCCACACAGAGCACCGUCAACCAGGGCACCAUUCAGAGCCUGCAGAAGGCUGAGGGUGGGGGAAGUGGCGGCAGACAGAGCUCCGACAACCAGGUCACCAUAAACUCCAGCCAGCUGCAGCAGAACGUCGACGGCACGCUGGUGAACGUCCAGGCCGGCCACGAGGGCGUCGUCAUCAUCAACACGAAUGACGAGACGGGCGGCAUCGUGAACCAGGAGGUGAUCAACAACCGUCCGAUCGCCGGCCAAACCCCGGACAGUGCCACCUGCCGGUACCUGUGCCGUCACCCGCACCGCGACGCACUCUACUGCUGCGACGACGGCACGAACGCAGAGGCUGAGUGGGAUAUUCACGGCGGCGACUGUCCCGUGGUACGUGGACUCUGCCCCCGCAAGGUGUUCUUCACCAAGUGCGCGCACGACGGACAGUGCGCCCCCAGCGACAAGUGCUGCUUCGACACGUGCGCGGAGAGGCACAUCUGCAAGAAGCCGGUCAGGGCCUACUGAUCACAGGCGUCAGCCAGGACGGUUUGAAAUGGUCGUCAUUUUUUAUACAUGUUGUAGGUGUCAUUUCAUGCUUCAAGUAUGGUCCGUAGUCUGUACCGACAUAUCAGAAGUAGCAUAAAAAAAACUGUGAACAACCACCCUUUCCUAUACUGUGUCUAUAUUGACUAGAAAUCAUACUCACUCAGACUGAAAUUGGCACACAUUAUAACUAGGAAGGUAGCUGUUAAUUUGAACCGAGCAAAGCAAAAAAUAGAUCAAGGCGACCAAGCGACGGAUGGUGGCCAGAUCAUUCCCUGGAAUUGUGGUGGGAUUGACUCGUUGCAAAGCUACAACUGUCCAUCCCAUGACAAGGCCAUCGGAUUGGCAAGGGAACAAACAAGGCUAAAAUUAGCUUCGAGCGACCGCAAACAUUCGCAAAACUACAUAUACCUCGUCAACGAAAUCGUAGAAUAGCCUAACACCUGCAAAACCAUGAAAAGUUACUGCCUGGCAACGUCUCGCACUACUAUCUUUGCACGAAGGACAGACUGAAACACCGAAAUCGGCUGAGAACAAACCUGGAUAAUGCCCUUCACGACAGCAUUUAAUAUACGUUCAAAAACAUGUUCGUUGUCGACAUUAUCUUAUAUUAAAACAGGGGUGCCUUGUCCCACCACGUCACCUAUAACUAUGCUACGGUCCAGUCCACACAAACCAAUGCUGAGUCACAACUAAUACAAUAAUCAGCUCACAUAGGCUGAGCAUUGUCAAAACUGGAAUGUUACAUGCGACUCGCAUCCACUCAUCAGUGCAUCGUUGCAAAACGACGUUAGCCCAAGAAGGGUAGCGUUUCCCUAAUGCCAAUCUCGCUGACUUACACAAUUCCUAAAACAUUUUCCUUUUCCUCACGAGUCACGACAUCGUCACAUAACCGCAAACCCGAAACGCCACCCAUCUUUUCAGACGAGUAUUUACACUGAUAUACCUACCUCGCAGUCACGCAUCAAUUGGGCUUAUCUUCGAACUCACACAGUCCAAAUUACACGAGUCGAAAUCAAUACGCAUUUACAGAUUCAGACUUUGCUUCGCAAGUAGUCUAAUGAUCCACAGGUGCCAGCUGCGGUCUCAAAGACGGUCUCAAGACACAAACUCAGUUGUGGGAUCAAUCAGCAACAGCAGUCUCAGUUUUGAACUCACUCAGUCUCUAUUACCCAGUCACAGGCAUGCACAGUUUCACCCCCAGCCUCAGCUCUUCCCAGACAGACGCGGGCCACUGUCGCGGCUCCCUCCGUACCCAAACUGUCCUACAUCCACUCGCAGUCCAUUCACAGUGACUAGGUUAUCGCGCUCACCCGUCGGCACCAAACCACGGACGGGACCCGAGCGCCCUCUCCUGCACAUGGUAACUUUGCGCGGUCGCAGCAUGGCAUCAAACCGGCAGGAGACUGGAUACAAACCACCGUGAAUAUUUCGUGAGCUGCCUUCGUUCACCGGUCUUGGUUCCACCGUACUGUACCGAUUACAAUUAUGCAUCGAUUGAUUUUAUACACGCCUUUCACCAGCG